GGAGGGGUCUGCACGGCAGGACCGCAUUGGCGUGAGUUGUGGUGCCUCAUGUACAGCAAGAGGACAAAUACUUUACCUCCGAAUCCUGCAUAAUUAGAAUUAGAAAGAGAAACCAAAAAGACCUCCGGGCUCAAAGAAUGCAGUGUUUCCAUGGGUGGAUCUCUUCUACAAAGAGUGAUUCAGUGUUGAAGACCUGACAAGCAAGGUGAAAAAAAUUACAACAAAAAACCAGGACACACACAAUAAUACAGUGAGAAGCAGAUUGAAUAAUCUGGACCAAGUGUGAGAUGACUGAGAGUGUAACAACAAUGGAUAACUCAGAGGAGGAGGAGGAGGAGUUUUAUGAUUCAGUGGAUUACUUCCCUGAGCUUGACUGCGAGAAAGGAGGCUCUGCUGCAACGCCACAUUCUGACUAUGUUCCUCCACCAGGAGAAGUAACAGUUCUCUACUCAGGCAUUCAGAUGGUUUCUUUUGGCCUUGCACCCACUGAUUCCUCUGUUAAGUAUAAACUUCAUAUAGAUUACUCCUGUGACACACAGAGAGGCAGUGUGAUCACUGAGGACUCCAGCACUGUAGAUGUUGAGGGACUGAAACCUGGGACUGAGUAUACUUUCAGCAUCACAAGGAUAGCAGAAAAUGGGAAUCAAAGCAAAGCUACCUCGGUAUCUGUCUUCACAGAGCCUGUCUCUCCUAUGAAGAUAACAGUCUAUGAUGUCAGCGCUGAGUCAUUGUCUCUGCAGUGGGACACUCCUGCUGGUGAAGUGGAGAGCUACGUUGUGACCUGCUGCACUGAAGGAGAGAUUGUGAAAGAGCUGACAACAGACGCAAACAGCGUUACCUUCAGCAGCCUGAGGCCGGGGGUGUGUUACGUCCUCCAUGUUUCUGUGCAACUGAACAAAACAAUAAGCAAGCCAACUGUAACAUCUGCCCUCACAAAGACACAACUGGAGAGCUUACUAGAGGAUCUGGGUUUGGAGCAGCACUACACAGAGAAACUAUCCCUGAGUAAAAUACUUCAGAUUGAUGGGAAGACCAUUAAUGAUGAUCCUGCCAAGUGUAAUUCAGAUCUUCCAUGGUAUUUUCUAAAGAAACUGAUGAUGGUUAAUGUGACAACCAGGAAUGUGAAAUGUACAUCAGAAUGUGAGUCUGACUGUGAUGCUGGAGCAGGGAAUACAGUGUUAGAUUUUAAUCAUCUGGUUGACCGUCCAAACUCGUGGGACAUGCUAAACCCCCUGGACAUAAUCACUGCACUCUUCCUGUGUUCUGAUGGUUUUGCACAGCAGGAACUGGCACUAAAAAUGUCUAUGUGUCAGUUCUCUGUGCCUCUGCUGCUUCCUAAUUGUGACACACAGCAGUGCACACUCAUGCUCUGGGCCAUGAGAGACAUUGUUAAAAAGUACAGGCCUCAGUCACUUUCACAAUCCAAGGGCUUUAGUGAAGACAGAAUUGUUCUCUCUAAACUUCCAAUGAUAUCUUUUGUGAGACUGGGGGAAUGUUCCUUGUCCAAGUCAGAGAUUCUCAAUAAGCUUCUGAGCAAUUCUCAGCAGUACCAUGACACUUUUGUUCACCAAGAUAUGGAGUGUGGCGACAGUCCAAGAAGAAUAUCCAAUGGACUGACUGAAAUUACUUGGUAUCUUCCUUGUGGAAACAAAAACAUGGACAUUUUCAGUGAGCCAGUGGCUGUAGCUAACCUUCGUGGGGACAUUGCUUCAUUCGAAACACAAUACUCCUUUUUGUGUCAAACAUCCACUGCAGUUUUUGUGUUUUUUGACAAUCUAAACUCUGGGUUCAAACUGCUGACCAACCAGCACUACAAGGCACAGAUCUUUUUGGUAGGUAACCAUCAGAGCAACAUCUUCAAUCUAGAUGCUUUAAAAGAAGUUGCAACCAAGUUGGGCUUGAAUAACAGCAACAUUAUUUUGAAGACCAAGCGUAUGAAUGAUGCAGACUUUGUCAAAAUUUUGAGGAACAAAGUCAGCAAUAUAUUUGAGAACCCAAAGACGGAUAUGUGCAUAGAGCAGAUGGCUGACAUUGCCCAUGAACUGGGAAUCUUGGUUGAUGAAGACUGUCAAGUGUGCCAGUCUGCAAAGGAAAAUGCAGAUGCCAUUACUGCAAAAAUUGAAAACACCCUUAAAUACAAAGAAGCUCAGCUUCCUUUACAAGGCCAAAUAUGGAAGGAAUUGACAAGCUUAGAGAAGGAAGAAUUUCGGCUUCGGAAACUUGGGUCUGAAAACAUAGAAAAAUACAAAACUGAUCUUCAGAUGCAGAAAGAAAGCCUUCGGGACAAACAGAAUUCUUAUGACAUGUCAGAUGCAAUGACAUGCUUCAUACAGGCAAUAUCAAGCCCAGGGAUGGAGAGAUGUUAUUUCCUAAAAUGGAUGCGAAUGAACCUAGAUAACCUGUCUCGAGAAAAACUGUCUAACCUCAGGGAGCAGUACAAAAAGAAAUGCAAGAAUUCUGAGAACAAAGAUGAGAUCAAAGUCAUUGAUAGAGAACUGUCCAACAGUUCACUGGGGACUGAGCACUUCUUCCGUGAAAUGGGCCAGAUCUAUGAAGCUUCAGUUUUUCUUCCAGAAACAAACCUGUCACGUCAACAAUUACAACAUCUGCCCAAACUCUGUGCAGAAUUGUUGCUUGAUGGAUUUCCCCUUGAGCUUGUAGAUGGAAAUGCAUCCAACAUACCUCUCAGAUGGGUGAGUGACGUCCUCUCUGAGCUUAAUGACCUGGUGUCUCCAAAGAACAAAAUACUGGUAGUCACAGUUCUUGGAGUUCAGAGCACAGGAAAGUCCACUCUUCUUAACACCAUGUUUGGAGUGCAGUUUGCAGUCAGCAGUGGUCGAUGCACUCGAGGUGCUUUUAUGUUGCUCAUCAGAAUCAAUGAAGAUGUCAAAAAAAUACUCAACUGUGACUUCAUGGUGAUCAUUGACACUGAGGGCCUAAAGUCACCAGAGCUUGCACAACUGGAUGAUAGCCAUGAGCAUGACAAUGAGCUUGCAACACUUGUUGUGGGGCUGAGUGAUAUCACUAUUAUCAAUAUUGCAAUGGAGAAUUCCACAGAAAUGAAGGACAUCCUGCAAAUAGUUGUACAUGCUUUUCUCAGGAUGAAAGAGGUGGGCAAAAAGCCUAAAUGUCAGUUUGUUCACCAGAAUGUGUCAGAUGUUUCAGCCCAUGAGAAGAACUUAAGAGACAGGAAACUGCUCUUGCAACAGUUAAACGAGAUGACGCAGGCAGCAGCCAAAAUGGAAAAGAAAGAGGAGAACAAGAGCUUCACGGAUGUGAUGGAGUACAGUCCAGACACUGGGAACUGGUACAUUCCUGGACUCUGGAAUGGAAACCCACCAAUGGCACCAGUCAAUGCUGGGUACAGCGAAGCUGUGUAUGAGCUCAAGAAAAACAUCAUCCAACUACUGGGAAAUUGUGAGUCAACCUCUAAUGAUAUCUUGGAGUUUAAAGAGUGGAUGUCAAGCCUGUGGAAUGCAGUAAAGCAUGAAAACUUCAUCUUUAGCUUCAGAAACAGUCUAGUGGCUGAUGCGUACAUGAGGCUAUGCACAGAAUUUAAUAAAUGGGAAUGGGAUUUCAAAAAAUACAUGUUCACAUGGGUUACAAAUGCUGAAACAAGAAUUUCAAAUUUCGGUACAGUUGCUGCAAAAACUGAAACAUCUAACUUAGCAGAAUUUCUCAGUCAUUUAAAAAGUGAAGCUUGCACAGACCUGUCCAAAUGGGAGGAGACACUUCUCGACAAUCUGACAAAGUACUUCAAGCAAACAGAGGGUCAUGUCUAUCUAGUAGAAGGAUACAAAGAGGACUUUGCAAACAGUGCAAAGAUCCUUCGACGAGAAAUGGAGAACUCUGUGUACCAUCAGCUCACAGCAGCAGCAGAAAUCAAACAAGGAAUGGCAGAACUUGAUAGAAUCAAGGAAAAUCACACAAAAGAAAUUGAAAAGGCAGUGUGUGCAUUGAUUGAUGAAUGUCGAAAGAAGAAUGUCCAGAUGAGAGAUAAAGAGCUGGACAAAGAAUUUGAUAAGAUGUGGAAUGCAACAGUGAAGAAACUGUCAUUUUCUGAACAAAAGGCAACAGAUGUUUUCAACAAGGUAUCCCACAGCCUGAGAAUAAAUCUGUCACACAAGGGGAGUCAUGCAUGUGAAUUGUUGAGUCAAAAAUGCCUGAAAGAUUGUGAACAAAUGCCUUUCAAGUAUACAGCUGAAGGACUCUACAACCGAGUUAAAAACAAAAUGAGCAAGUGGCUAAACGUACAAGAUGACACAAUGGCUGUUCAGAAAAUGGCUGACAGCAUCAUAGCUGUUUGCACUCAGUUUGUGAUUGAAAAGGUUGAAAGAAAAAACAAUUACUCUGAUACUUACAUCCAGGAGAUCCUACACAUGAUUGAUGAGAGGCUGCAAAACAAUCAGGAUGUUAAGACAGGCAUCGAGUUCGAAGUUUCACUAAAACAGCACAUCUGUGCAGUUUCAGCCAGAGAGUUUCAGAAAAUGCACGAAGAAUUCCUGCAUGUUAAUGACCCUUACAGAUGUCUGGAUCGAAACAAAGAAAAGUUUCGUGCUGAUUUCAAAGAUGUGUUCCAUGAACGAGACCAGUGCCAGAAGAAGGCAGGAGAAUUCACCAACCGAUGCUUGAAGCCUGCAGUCACAGACUUUGUCAACCGUUCCCUGGGCCCUGAUAUCGUUGGUGAAAUGCUGACAAGGCAGCAGUUCAGCACAAGAAUCUACUUCCAGUAUUCAAUUUUGCUGGAUUUGCUUUCAAAGGAUAACUUUGAAAACUAUUUGAGCUUUACUGGCUCAUAUGAGGAAUACAUAAAGAAGUGGAUACUUGACCAAACAGUGACUCACUUCUCAAAAGGUUCUAAGACAUUUGAGUUUGAGGAUCGGCAUCUCCAGUCAAGUAUCAACAGCAUAAAUGAAGCUAUCAAGCAGGCCAAACUGAAAAAGAGUAGCAACUUGAAGAUAUUUGUUGAACAUGUCUGUCAAGAACUUGGUAAUGAACUAAUAAUCUCCCAGGAUGCUCUUGGCGCUUUCAUGAUCCUGAACAAUGCAAACCAGGAACAGUUUGCAAACUGGCUAACAGUGUGUGUAAACGAGAUGGGACAAGCUCUUAGAGCAGAGUUUAAAAAGUCCAAUAUUGAAAUGAAACUAAAACAUCUUCACAUGAAGCCCCAGAAUGUUCUUUUCACCAGAGUGAUUGGAUGUGGUAAACAGUGUCCAUUCUGUGCAAUGCCCUGUGAGGCAGGAGGAAAAGCCCAUACUGAGCACUGGGCUUCACUGCAUCGGCCAAAGGGUCUGGGUAGAUACAGGUACCAUGAGACAGCAAAACUUGUCACUGACAUAUGCUCGUCAUCCGUGAUCAGUGACAAGCGUUUUCGCUGUAGCGCUACAAACAAUGAAUGGCACCCUUACAAGCGUUACAAAGAAAUUUUCCCACACUGGAGAAUUCCUCCAGAUGUAAGCCUUCAGGCAUCAGACUACUGGAAAUAUAUACUGGCAAGGUUCAACGGGAAGUUUGCAGGAGCAUACAAUGCAAAGCCUGCUGAUAUUCCUCCAGCUUGGAAAAGAAUCACACCUAAGCAGGCAGAAGAGAGUCUCAAAGAGUCAUUUAACACCAGCUGAGAGG